UCGGGGCUUCCUCGGGGCUUCCUCGGGGACCAGGCUUUUUCCGCCCUACGAAUACCUUGGGCCAAAGCGGGUCGGCUCGGGCUUGAGGAGUGGUCUUGAACAAAGGUGGAGUUUACCUGAGUGAGGAGACGCUCGGCACCUGUUCAUUCCCCAAGCUUUUGUAUCGGACUAUGAGCUGAUAUCAACAUUUAAACCAUGUGAAACCAGUUUCAGCUCAAAAUGCAACAGCGAAGAUAACUGGGAACUCGUGUAACUCGUGUUUUCUGUGUGUGAGCUCCAUUUAUUGCGCUGACAGAAACCAUAACAGACGGGAAAGAGCGCUCAGAUCUCAGCUCACGACAAAACCACCGUACCAUAGAAUUUAUAAUAAAGAUAUAAUUCUACUGACAAACCCCAAAGAAAACAAUGUGGUCAAGCAGAAAAUGUAUGAAAAGGGGCACAUGCAUAUACACGUGUGUAAAAAAUCGUAAGGUUUUCCCGUGUGUCAUGUUUGCCUGCGUCAGGCUGGAAAUCCUCUUACCCUGUGGCAACAAACUUGUUCCUACGUUCCAUGAAGGCCAGCAGCUAGACGGCAAUAUGAUUCAAAAAGUUUUGAAACCAUCAGAGCCUCAUCAAUCUGUGUAUGGAGAAACCUCAGAUUCUGAAGAUAACUGUGGGGAAGAGGAGGUAGACAUAGGCGAUACGGAAGAUGAGUGCCCAUCACAGUCCUCAAGAUCUUGUAAAAAAUCAACAGGGAAUCACACCGUUGUUUCAGCAAGUGCUCAAAACUCAACAGCAGAGUUACCAGCAGCAGAGUCCCAUGCCAUGCCAAGAUCCACUUCAACACAACAUGAAACAAUUGGCCAGGCCAGUGCCAGUUUUCAUCCAUCAACAAAUGCCCAAGCCUGUUCCAGCAACCAACAGGAGACACCAAAAAGCACCCGAGCUUCAUCACCACCAAACGGCCCCACCUCAAGGCGCUGGCAAAAUAAUUAUGGAACUUACAUUAAUCUCAUAAAUGAUGCUGAAGAUGAUGAAGAAGAUGAACAACAGUACACAGCUAUUAUUGCCAGUAUUGAGGACCAGACGUAAGUGCAUUGUUAAACUGCAGAAAUAAUUUUCUACAUUUUUGACAACAUCUGGAAAUAUAAAAGUCUUUAACAUCUAGAUGUAUUUAAAUGUUAAGCGCUAUAGUCAACAUUUACCUGGACUGCACAAAGACAUUUAUUAGACUUUUUACUACUUUAAGAUGGACUCUUUAGAUUUGGUUAAAUGUGCUUCAGUGUGUUUCGCCCCAGACAGCCUCCACACACACACACACACACACACACACACACACACUCACUCACUCACUCACUCACUCUCUCUCAGGGUUCUGUUCAAGAUUAAAGGUGAAUAAUAAAGUGAGUGAUGAUAAAAGAAUGGUGAAUGCUCUGUGCAGCAUUCACCUCUGUUGUUGGUGUUAAUACUGUAAACACAGGAGAGACACGGAGAGAGAGACACGGAGAGAGAGACACGGAGAAAG